ACUCCCCUUCAUUUCACCUUCUUCCCCUUCCUCGCCCUCUGGAUUUUGGUAAGCUCCAGCUCAAAAUAUCCAGACGCAUCGCACCAACCGGACCCCAUAAAUGAAGUGAAAAGAAAACAACGCCCCACUUCUCCACCAACCCCUCUUACAUCUCUCUCUCUCCCCUAAUAAUUCUCUUCUAAUUCCCUUCACCACCACUCCACCUCCUACUCCCUCCGAAAACACCACCCCACCCUCCUCCAAGUCCCCCCAAACUCCCUCCCUUUUAACCUCCCAUGCCGGAGCUCAGAGCUUCUCACCAUCACUCCAGAAGCUAUUUUUCCUCCUAUUCCCCCUCCCCUCACAUGAAGCUCCUCCCCAGAAGAACACACCUCCACCACCCCCACCACCACUACGAGAAAGCCCUCUGCCUCAAGAAGUACUCCAAAUGGCUCCUCUGGCUCGGUCUCUCCAUCUACCUCUUCUCCUCCUCCUCUUCCACUCUCUUCCCUCGCCCCACCCCGACUUCCCUCCCCAAAACCACCCUCCCCCUCAAAACCACCCCUCGCGCUCUCAUCGAAGCUCGAAAUACUUCAACUUGUCCUCCCUUCAAGAUCUAUGUCUAUGAUCUUCCCUCCAGGUAUAAUAGAGACUGGCUUGCCGACCGGCGGUGCGAGACCCAUUUGUUCGCGGCAGAGGUGGCGCUCCACGAGGCGUUCCUCGACUCCCCCCGCCGCGCUCUCGACCCCAACGAUGCCGAUUUCUUCUUCGUCCCCGUUUAUGUCUCUUGUAAUUUUAGCACUCCGAAUGGAUUCCCUUCGCUUGGCCACGCCCGCCCCCUCCUCGCCUCUGCCGUGGAGCUUAUCUCCUCCCAGCUCCCCUUCUGGAACCGCUCCCGCGGCCGCGACCACCUCUUCGUCGCCUCCCAUGACUACGGCGCCUGCUUCCACGCCAUGGAGGAUAGGGCGAUACGGAAUGGGAUCCCGGAGUUCUUGAAGGAGUCCGUCAUAUUGCAGGCGUUUGGCAUGCGGACAACGCACGUGUGCCAGGAGGUGGAGCACGUGCAGAUACCUCCGUACGUGCCGCCGGAUAUUGAACGGUGGCCAGCGUCGGAGACGGUGAAGAGGGACAUCUGGGUGUUCUUCCGGGGGAAGAUGGAGGUCCAUCCCAAGAACAUCAGCGGCCGGUUCUACGGCAGGAGGGUGAGAACCGAGAUAUGGCAUCGCUACGGCAACAACCCUCGGUUUUAUCUCCGGCGAAAGCGGUUCGCCGGCUACCAGUCGGAGAUCGCGCGGUCGGUGUUCUGCCUGUGCCCCCUCGGGUGGGCCCCGUGGAGCCCACGCCUAGUGGAGGCGGUGGCGCUGGGCUGCGUCCCCGUCAUCAUCGCGGAUGGAAUUCGCCUCCCGUUCCCUGAGGCGGUCCGGUGGCAGGAGAUCUCCCUCACGGUGGCGGAGCGAGACGUCGGCAAUCUGGAGCCCAUUCUGGACCACGUGGCGGCCACCAACCUCUCCGCGAUCCAGCGCAACCUGUGGGACACGGCCAAGCGGCGUGCGCUGCUCUUCCACCGUCGGAUCGAGGAGGGCGACGCCACGUGGCAAGUGCUGAAGGAGCUCGAGGGGAAGCUAGAUCGGUCCUGGCGGUGGGGGCAGGAUCAGCAGUUGCGGGUGGCCUCGUGGAGUUAGAAACUUGGGGGCGCUUUUCCCGACGUGCUGGCUGUGGGUUCGGGGACAGCUGGCGGUUCGGAGCGGUGGCUGGAGGGGAGGGUGGUGGGACCCACUGAAUUAUUGCUGGUUCGGUGAGCUGGCACUCCUGAUUGGUACGAUCAGAGAGACUGUACAGGGACCACGAGAAAAUAGACAUUAUUUUGUAUUUUUUCCACAGAGAGAAGAAUAAAUAAGUAAAUAAAUAGAUAAAUAAAUAAAUAGAGGUAUGGUUUUCUCAUUUGGUGGAUUAACAUUU